AAAGGCUGAACCAGAAGCACCACACUGUCAGCUCUCGUGACACCACACUGUCAGAGGAUGCAUGUAGAUGCAUGCGGCAUGGAAAAAACACAUUUUUUCUUUGUGUGUUUCACAGCAGGAAUCCUGUGUUGUUUUGGUGGAAAUGAAGGAAAGACUGCUGUGAAAGCAAAAGAGAGAGCAGAUGUCACCCUACAGACAGGAGAAAGUCCAAGUAAUGCCAAGAUAAUAUGGACUUUUGGAGCUGAAAAUCCAAACAUGCUACUUGCCACCAUAAAGAAGAGAGAGGUGAAGAGUGACUAUGAUGAGUCUUUUAGAGACAGACUGCAGCUGAACAGUCAGACUGGAGCUUUGACCAUCACGCAGCUCAGUGUCCUGGACUCAGGCAUCUACAAGUGGCAGGCCAUCAGCGACACCAUCUCAUGGAAACAGUUUAACCUGACUGUUUAUGGUUCUCUUGGUACUCCCUCCAUUACAGUCAGAUCAUCUUUCAAUACCAAAAGCUGUUCCUCAGUCACAGUGGAGUGCUCAGUGCACAACAGCCAAGACUUGGUCCUGUCCUGGUACAGAGUGGAGGAAAGACUGACAAAUAUUAGCAGUCCUGAUCUGUCCUCCAAGCUGUAUCUGGCUCUGGAAAUAGAAUCCCAUGAAAGAGGCAGUUACAGCUGUAUAGCUGAAAACCCUGUUGAAAAAAAGAUGACCAAACUAUCGGGAGAAGACACAACUAUGAAGAUAGAGUCUGGAGAGUCCAGAAGCUGGUGUCAGACUGAAUCUACGGUAAGACUGGUUAUCUCUACCGUCUUUGGCAUGGCCUUGAUUAUUCUUGUUGUGGACCACAUCAGACUCCGAAGAUAAACCACAUGCGCACCGAAGUUUUUCUCAAGCUUCACAAAAUGCAGUGUGUCAACACAUCCGCUUUAGAGCUGCACAGGACAAUGGGACGUAAUUCUUUUCAAAAGUUCUCUAAAAUUUGAUUUUGGAUCUCAACCAGAAAUAUCAUAAGGUAAGGUGAAUAAUACACAGAAACCCCAAUAAUCAAAUGACCCCCUGUGAGCAAUCACUUUACAACAGUGGGAUGGAAAAUCUCCCUUUUAACAGGAAAAAACUUCCAGAAGAACAGGGCUCGGGGAGGGGCAGCCAUUCUGCUGCAAACACCUUAAAAGAAACCUAAGGAUGCUUUACAAAAGAACUUUAAGAGUAGUUCAUUCUUAUUUUUUCUUAAAGUGCAUAUAAUACAAAUGUCAUGGUCCUGGUGUUUUGUUUUUGAAUUAUUAAUAGUCUUUGAUUGCAUUGUUAGUUAGUUUCUAGUCUUUGGAUGUCUGUCUCUGUGUUCCUUGUUUCACGUCUGAUCUAGUCAUGUUUUCAUGUCUGUGCUUCUCCUUGUUUUAGUGUCAAGUCCGUGUCUCUGUGCCUGUCUCAUCUUUCCUGUUUUACUUUGCCAGUCUCGUGUCACGUGCUCAGUGUUUUCAGUUUUGCUUCCUCCACGUCUCGUUAAUUGUGAUUACUCCCAGCUGUACUCUCCUCCUGUGUCUCAUUCCCUUGAUAUCCCUCUGUGUAUUUAAGCACUGUGUUUUCCUCUGUCUGCUGUUUCAUUGUACCCUCAUGUGGCUGUGUGGCUCUCCCGUGGUUCUUUUAGCUUCGCUGUUUAUUGUUUUCCUAGCUCCCUAAUGUUGGCUUCUCAUUUAGGUUAUGUUUUGUAUUUUUGUUGCUUGGAUGUUCACAGCAAUAAAGCUGUCUUUUUGAGUUUAUCCCUGUGUGUGUUGACUCCUGCAUUUGGGUCCGCAUCCUGCCUGCUGCACAGCUAAUCUUGACCGGUGUUGGGUAGUAACGGAAUAAACACCAGCGUUAUGUAUUUAAAGUCUAGGUGAUAAUUAGAAUACAGUUACUUUGUUGAAAUAAAUGUAAUACGCAGCGGUCAUAUCUUGUCCCAUAUGUUAGGCUAUCCCCUCUCUAACUUUGGUAAUUCUACGCAUUGCUGGAAACCUAAACAAAACAACAAGAGGCUCUAAUGUAAGUGUCCUGUUAAUGUUGGUGGGGUCAGGUACACAAUGGACCUGGAGCCAGCACAACAGAGGCAGCAGUGCACGGGCAGGAAUGCAUUUCUUAGUUGGAAAGUUCGACACCACUUCACAUUUAAAGAAGAAAGGGAUGAAAUCUGAGCGUGCAAUGCAAACUCUGUUUGUCAGCAACCAAGUUGCUCUCAGCGUCUAAAGACUCCAACCUAAAGAAACAUCUGGAAGUAAUUUCUUUUUUAAAAGCUAAUGUUAACCUACUGCAGCUAGCUUGUUUUAGUUGUGGUAGCUACCUGGGUCAUGUGCCACUUCAGUAUCUUCGAUGUACUAUUGCUGUGUGAUUUAUUACUAUUACUGAAAGCUGCAUUAGAACCUGCUAGCUGCAAAUAAUCAUGUGCAGUUCUGAAAGCAGA